AUGGCUCGUCUGAGCACCCUGCUCGUGAGCACUCUCACCCUCCUGGGCGGCUUCGCCAGCGCCGGCUCCGCCGUCAAAGACCUCCUCCCCGACAACUUCGACAAAAUCGUCCUGCAAUCCGGCAAGCCCGCCCUGGUUGAAUUUUUCGCCCCCUGGUGCGGCCACUGCAAGACCCUGGCCCCCGUGUACGAGGAGCUGGGUGCCGCCUUCGCCUUCGCCGAGGACAAGGUCACCAUCGCCAAGGUCGACGCCGAUGAUCACCGUGAUCUGGGCAAGCGCUUUGGCGUCCAGGGAUUCCCAACCCUGAAGUGGUUCGAUGGCAAGAGUGACAAACCCGUGGACUACAGUGGUAAACGUGAUCUGGAGAGUCUUUCCGCGUGGAUUACGGAGAAGACUGGCCUUAAGCCGCGCAGUGCGAAGAAGGAGCCCAGCAGCGUGGAGAUGCUGGAUGAUGCUUCUUUCAAGACGACAGUUGGCUCCGACAAGAAUGUCCUGGUGGCCUUUACUGCCCCGUGGUGUGGACACUGCAAGACUCUCGCCCCAAUCUGGGAGACCCUCGCCACCGACUUCGCCCUCGAACCCUCCGUCGUGAUCGCCAAGGUCGACGCCGAAGCCGAGAACUCCAAGGCCGUGACCAAGGAGCAGGGCGUGACGGGCUACCCGACCAUCAAGUUCUUCCCCGCGGGCUCGACCGAGCCCGAGGCGUACUCGGGCGCGCGCAAGGAGGAGGCCUUUGUCGAGUUCCUGAACAGCAAGGCCGGCACGCACCGCGCCGUCGGCGGCGGCCUGGACAACAAGGCUGGCACUGUCGUGAACCUGGACAAGCUGAUUGAGGAGUACGUGCCUACGCACCAGUUCGAGAAGCUUGCGUCCGAGCUGAAGAGCGCUGCCAAGGACCUGAAGGACCAGUAUGCGGCGUACUAUCUGAAGGUUGCGGAUAAACUGGCCAAGAAUGAGGACUAUGCGUCCAAGGAGCUGGAGCGUCUGCAGAAGAUCCUGUCCAAGGGUGGCUCCGCGCCCGAGAAGCUCGACGACCUGGUCUCCCGCAGCAAUAUCCUGCGCCGCUUUGCCGGUCAGGACCAAGAGACUAGCCCCCACGGUGAUGAGCUGUAA